AUGGCUGCAGAUCUGGAUGAAGAGUUACACCUGCUGCGGGACGGCAAAACAAGAAGCACGACUGGGUCAGUGGUUUCGUCACUGUAUCAUUUAAAGGACAUUGACAAUUCGGAUGCUGGGUUCUUUGUGUUUCCCGAUCUGUCCGUGCGCGUCGAGGGCAAUUAUCGUCUUAAACUAAGCUUGUUUGAAAUCAUUGGCAAAGAUGUAUUUCAUUGCAGAUCGAUUAUAUCGGAUGUCUUUAUUGUAUACUCGGCCAAAAAGUUCCCUGGCAUGGAAGAAUCGACUUUUUUGUCCAGGGCGUUUGCAGAUCAGGGGCUGAAAAUUCGGAUACGGAAGGAACUUCGUCGUCAG